AUGCCUUACCAUCCAAUUGCUCCGCGCUUUGACUUAUUCCAAGGUUGUGAGAUCCCCGGCGCUGGUUUUGGUUAUGUUGCACUGCAAGAUAUACCAAAGGGCACGAUACUUCUCGAAGAUACUCCUAUCUUUCGAUUGCCCGAAGGAAUCACCAAUGAGGUGGUGCGAAACCAUCUCAUCCGUCUACCUCCUACUGUUCAGCAACAAUUCAUGGAUUUGUGUAUUGGGUAUCAGUAUCUCAACGAUGGUGAAUACCUUGGCCGUUUCCGUGCAAACGCGCUCCCAUGCGGCUACGAUAACGUUGACGGGACCGGUCGUAAACUCGCCGGACUUCUACUCCUGGCGGCCCGUUUCAACCACUCGUGUGUGCCAAAUGUCACUUUCAAAUGGGAUUCGCAGGCUGGAGUGAUGCGAUUCUGUGCCCUUUCCGCAAUCUCAAGAGCUCAAGAGCUCUGCAUCGCGUAUGAUGUAUCGAGCCUCCUCUUUACUCGCGAUGCUCGACGUGCUAGGCUCCAGGGGUCCAGUGGCUUCUUAUGCCACUGUCCCGCCUGCAUUAUUGAGAACAGGGAUUCGGAUGACCGACGAGUGGCAUUGUACAAAGCGAUCGUGCAGCCGCCACAACGAAGCCCAAGAGAGACACAAAUCGAAUUUCUCUCUCGACGAUAUGCGCAAAUUUGUACCGCAUUGACGCUGCUGAGGAUGGAAGGCCUCUCGCACUUCCGGGAGACCCUGUACUUCGAUGGGUACAAGCUCUGUGAGGAGGCUGGCGACCGCAACAACGCCAUGCUUUGGCUCGCACAAGCGUCUGCUGCCGCUGCUACGGCUGCAGAGAGCAAACGCUGA